UUGUCCAAGAUGGCGUUGAUGGAGGAAGAGGAACGGGCGUUGCUGGAUGAGGAUUCGCUGCCCAACGACCAUGGCGACCCUGCGCGCAAACCCUUGCCGGCGUUGUGCGACCCGCAGCGGCUGGCCCACAGGCUGCUGGUGCUGGCGCUCAUGUGCUUCCUGGGCUUCGGCAGCUAUUUUUGCUAUGACACCCCAGCAGCUCUGCAGACUCAAGUUCAAAGGAAUAUGAAAGUAAACACAGCUGAAUUCAUGGCGUUGUAUGCUUGGUAUUCCUGGCCUAAUGUGUUUCUAUGUUUUUUUGGAGGCUUUUUGAUAGACAGAGUAUUUGGAAUAAGGUGGGGUACAAUAAUAUUCAGCUGUUUCGUCUGUGUGGGACAAGUAAUUUUUGCUGUGGGAGCAAUAUGUAAUGCAUUUUGGCUGAUGGAAUUUGGCAGAUUUGUAUUUGGGAUUGGUGGUGAGUCCUUAGCAGUGGCACAGAAUACCUAUGCUGUGAGUUGGUUUAAAGGAAAAGAAUUAAAUCUUGUUUUUGGUCUGCAACUCAGCAUGGCUAGAAUUGGGAGCACUGUGAAUAUGAAUAUUAUGGGAUGGGUGUACUGGAAAGUUCAAGAUCUGUUUGGUUCUACAGGCCACACAACCCUGGGCAUAGCACUCUUGAUAGGUGGUAUCACGUGUAUCUUUUCCCUAGUUUGUGCUCUUAUUCUUGCUUACCUGGACAAAAGAGCAGAGAAAAUUCUUUGCAAAGAACAAGGGAAAACUGGCGAAGUGAUAAAAAUAACUGAUGUGAAAGACUUCUCAUUAUCGUUAUGGCUCAUAUUUUUAAUCUGUGUUUGUUAUUAUGUGGCUGUCUUCCCUUUCAUUGGACUUGGAAAAGUUUUCUUCAUUGAAAAAUUCAAAUUUACUUCUCAAACAGCAAGUGCGAUUAACAGCAUUGUGUAUGUUAUAUCAGCCCCAAUGUCCCCUAUCUUUGGACUUCUAGUAGAUAAAGUUGGAAGGAACAUCACAUGGGUUAUAUGUGCAGUGGUGGGAACUUUGACCUCUCACAUCAUGUUGGCCUUUACUUUCUGGAAUCCUUGGAUAGCAAUG